CAUUCUCCCUAACCGUUGGGGUAAAGAUCUCAGCCAAGAGGCAAGAAAAAAAUUAGUUAUAAAAGAAUGUUGAAGGAAGUGCUCUUCCUAGUUCUGGCGGCACUAUGCUUGUCGGACGCCGUCAGUAUUAAAAGUCACAUUGCUGACAUAAAUUUUGUUCAAAAGCAAAAGAAGAUCCAUGAAUUGCUGCUCUUCGUGAAACAGAACGUUCUAACCGACGUUGAAUUUUACACUGUUGGACGUAACUAUGAAAUCGAGAACAAUAUGGAAAUGUACAAGGACAAGGAUGUCGUCAAAGAGUUCCUUCAUUAUUACAAGCACGGCGUGCUUAGCCGCGAUGCUAUCUUUUCGCCAUUCUACGAAGAGCACCUUAACGAAAUGAUCCUAUUGUUCAAACUUUUCUAUAAUGCAAAAGAUUUUGAGAUCUUCUACAAAACCGCUGCCUGGGCACGUCUUUACAUGAAUUCCGAAGUUUUCACGCAAGCCUUUUACGUUGCCGUUUUCUAUAGACCCGACUGCAAAUACAUUAUUCCCAUGUCACCUUAUGAAGUAAAUCCAAAUUAUUUCUUCGACUCAAAUGUCAUUCAGGAGGCACAGCGCAUCAAAAUGAUGCAUGGUAAUGCAUGGAUUGAAUAUUCUUCUUGCGUUACUAUUAAUUUAAAAAUCAAUAUUUACGUUCUUUAUUCAUUUAUAGGUCUAACUUCUACUGGUAAUAUGAAUAAUACGGACAUUUACGUAAUCUACAGUAACUAUACCGAUACGUUCUCCGAAGAAAAUAAAUUAGACUACUUUAUGGAAGAUUUCAGUUUGAAUAGCUUCUAUUUCUACUUCCGCCAGAUCUUCCCAUUCUGGUUGAAUAGCAAGGAAUACAACAUUCCUCGGGAAUAUCGUGGUGUUUUCUACUUAUAUAUCCACCAGCAACUGAUCGCUCGUUACUACUUGGAACGUUUGUCAAAUGACUUGGGUGAGAUCGAAGAUUUUAACUUGCAGAAACCGUUCUAUCCAGGAUUCUAUUCUUCCAUUGUAUUUGGUAACGGUGUUGUAAUGCCCCAACGCAAAUCUUAUUACAAUGUACCUUAUUACAAAUACCAAUAUUUAACGGAAAUGGAUCUUCUAGAACUUCGUUUUAUGGAUGCCAUUGAUUCUGGAUUAGUUUUAGACAACAAUGGUAAAUUUGUGAACAUCUACACUCCCGAAGGAUUGAACAUUCUUGGUAAUCUAAUUGAGGGUAACUCUGAUACCUGUAACCUACAUUACUACGGAAUGUAUGAAAUGUUGGCAAGAAAUGUUUUUGGAUCCAACUUCGAUUAUGCGGACAAAAAUAAGAUCGUGCCAAGUGCUAUGCAAUUUUACAGUACCAGCCUGAGGGACCCAGCUUUCUAUGCUCUCUUUAAUAAAAUUAGUAAUUACGUAGACAGAUACAAGAAACAUCUACCAGCCUACUCCUACAGCGAACUCAACUUCCCUGGUGUUAAAAUCGAAUCCGUCAAUAUAGACAAACUAUGGACUUAUUUCGAUUACUGUGAUGCGACAAUCAACAAUGCCGUAUUCUUUAACAGUUUCAAAGAAGGGUCAUCCUUGCAUAUCAAGGCUCGUCGUUAUUGCCUCAAUUACAAACCAUUUACUUACCGUCUAAGUGUAAAUUCCGACAAAGACGUCAAGGCCAUAGUUAAAAUUUUCCUUGGACCUGCCAUAGGUCAAGAUAUGAGUUACCUCAAAAAAUACUAUAAAUACUUCGUAAUGAUGGAAGAAUUCGAUGUGUUACUAAAGCAAGGUAUGAACAACAUCGAAUAUGCAAGCAAUGAAGCUACUUACAGGAUGUCUAGCGAUAAACUCUACAAAAAACUCCAGAACGCUGUCAGUGGUAGCGAGCCAUUUACUUAUUACGAGAAAGUCUACGCUUAUCCUGAACGUCUAACUCUUCCUAAGGGUAAACCCGAGGGUAUGAAAUUCAAGAUGUUCUUCUAUCUGAGUCUAUAUGACGAAUCGAAAACGAUGAAUAUCGAACUACCUAUCUUCGGUAAGAUGAUUUACGAUGGCAAGCCAAGCGGUUUUCCUCUUGAUAGACCAAUGUACACCUGGAAAUCCUUUACUCCUAAUAUGUACUUCAAAGACGUUUAUAUCUACAACACAAAGGAUUCCGAAAAGUUCUCUCACUAUUAAGACUUAACGGCAAAUACAUGUUUGGAUGCGAUUUUGUACUAUGUGACUGCUAGUUUGUAAAAAAAUUUCAAAAAUACACGUUAAAUAAAUUAAAUAUUAUUAACUCGCUA